AUGGAAGGCAAAGCACUAAAAGGUGCAAAUGAAGUCGCCUCAAUUAUCCAUCUAUUUCUUACCUCUAUAGCAGGUGAUGCAAAAAAAAUUCGAUUAUGGGCGAAUAAUUGUGGUGGCCAGAAUAAAAAUACUUGUCUUCUUUGGUAUUUCCUUUGGACAUGUCAUACUCAGAUAUUUCAAGAAAUUGAAUAUCGUUUUCAAAUCAAGGGUCAUACUAGAAAUUCA